GGUCGCACCCCAAGGAGAAGCCCCCUCCCUCGCCGCAGGGUCCCUGCCCGCAGCCGGCUGAGGUCGGGAGAGCAGGGGGGGGCUCGGGCCCCCCCCUCUCCGCGGAUUUCCCGGGAUAAUCCCGUGUUGACACGUCCCAGGGCGGGGAUGGGCACGGUGGAUGCGCAGCCCUGGCACUGCCCCUCGCCCCCCGCCGGGAAGGGGCGCCCACCCCCUUCCACCCUUCGGGGGUGGGCAAUGGGGGUGAACCACCCCCCCCAGCCAUUCCUGCGUGGGAUGGGGGGCACCCUGCGUCCACCCCGGGGGGGGUCUGACGCUGGCUUGCCCCCGGCAGCGCCAUGCUGGCCAACGCGGCCACCAUGCGGAUCCUGAUCAAGGGGGGGAAGGUGGUGAACGACGACUGCACGCUGGAGGCCGACGUCUACAUCGAGAACGGCAUCAUCCAGCAAGUGGGGCGGGAGCUGAUGAUCCCGGGGGGGGCCAAGGUCAUCGACGCCACCGGCAAGCUGGUCAUCCCCGGCGGCAUCGACACCAGCACCCACUUCCACCAGACCUUCAUGAACGCCACCUGCGUGGAUGACUUCUACCACGGCACCAAGGCAGCCCUGGUGGGGGGGACGACGAUGAUCAUCGGGCACGUCCUGCCGGAGAAGGAGACCUCGCUGGUGGAGGCCUACGAGAAGUGCCGCAGCCUGGCCGACCCCAAGGUCUGCUGCGACUACGCCCUGCACAUGGGCAUCACUUGGUGGGCACCCAAGGUGAAGGCGGAGAUGGAGACGCUGGUGCGGGAGAAGGGGGUGAACUCCUUCCAGAUGUUCAUGACCUACAAGGACCUGUACAUGCUGCGGGACAGCGAGCUCUACCAGGUCCUGCGCGCCUGCCGCGACAUCGGCGCCAUCGCCCGCGUCCACGCCGAGAACGGCGAGCUGGUGGCCGAGGGAGCCAAGGAAGCGCUGGACCUGGGCAUCACGGGGCCGGAGGGCAUCGAGAUCAGCCGGCCCGAGGAGCUGGAAGCUGAGGCCACGCAUCGUGUCAUCACCAUUGCCAACACGGCGGGGGACGUCAUCGCCGCCGCCAAGAUGCAAGGGAAGGUGGUGUAUGCGGAGACGACCACGGCGCACGCCACGCUCACGGGGAUGCACUACUACCACCAGGACUGGUUCCACGCCGCCGCCUACGUCACCGUGCCCCCCCUGCGCCUGGACACCAACACCUCCGCCUACCUCAUGAGCCUGCUCGCCAACGACACCCUGAACAUCGUGGCCUCGGACCACCGGCCCUUCAGCACCAAGCAGAAAGCCAUGGGCAAGGAGGACUUCACCAAGAUCCCCCACGGUGUCAGUGGGGUGCAGGACCGCAUGAACAUCAUCUGGGAGCGAGGCGUGGUACGGGGGGGAUGGGGCAGACCCUCCCCAUCGCUUUAG